AUGAAUCUAGCAAGUCGACGUCAACGUCAAUAUCAACGUAAAUACAACUCAUACAGGAAAUACACAGCAACAGAAGAUGUGAAUUAUGCGGCGCAUACAUCUCGAUCAUCUUACCGCUCCGAAUCGAUCACUUCAAGAAGUAGCGAUCAUGGUCGAAGUUCAUCAUCAGAAAUUAUCUCUGUAUCGGAGACUCGAUCAUUGCCAGUUUACAUAGCAACACAAGAUUAUAUCCCUGAACCUGGUGACAUUGAGUCAAUAUCGUUGGAACAAGGACAAAUUGUUGAAGUGUUAGAUAAAAAGAAUGCCGCUUCAUGGCUUAUCAGAACAAAGGCACGUCCACCAAAAUCAGGUUGGGUACCAGGAUCAUAUUUUGAAUCACCAACAGAAUAUUAUAAACAACGAAAACGAACUCGAGAAUUAGUUAAUAGUGAUCUAAAUUUAACCGAUGAGCAAGAAGCAAUUAUGAAACGAGAUCAAGUUUAUCAUGAUUUGCUACGUUCCGAGGAGGAAUUUGUUAAUGAAUUACGAACAAUUGUUGAUAUAUAUUUAAAAGCAUUGGAUGAUGAGGGAAUUCCGGAUGAAGUAAAAGAGAAAAAAAAUGAAUUAAUGAUGAAUUUGAAACAGUUACACAAUUUUCAUGCAAACAUAAUGCUAAAAGGUCUACAGUACUAUUCGGAUGAUCCAAAUAAAGUGGGUCAAACGUUUACACGGCUUUCACGUGAUUUUGACUUACACAUACAAUUUCAUCAUAAUUUACCACAUGUAAAGGAAUUACUUAAAGAGAAAACAAUCAUCGAUUUUCUUCAGGAUUUGAGUAAUAAAGUAGAAGCUGGAACAAAAACAUUUGAAGAGCAUUUACAAAAUGUUGAUAAUCGUAUUGUUCAGUAUCAGAAUUACUUCAAGGAAUUUGUGAAAUAUGCAUCACGAGCUAAGCUUAAUACAAAAAUAAUGCAAAAAGCACUUGAAUUGAUGAUGUCAGUUCCGGAACGUGCAAACGAUAUGAUAUAUAUCCGGAAUAUUGAACAGUAUCCCGGUGAUCUGAGUAAACUUGGACGACUUUAUAGACAUGAUUCAUUUUUGGUUUGGGAAGGUGAACAAGAACCAAUUGAACGUUAUGUAUUUUUAUUCAAAAAUAAAUUAAUGUUUACGGAUAAAAAUAAUAGUAAAGACGUACCAACCUAUAAACAUUACGCUACCAUACGGCUUGACAAAUAUACAAUACGAAUUUCGGAAACAGAACCGAAUAUUUUGGAAUUUCAACCAAAUGAACCAGGAAUUCCGGAAUUUCAAAUUCGUGCAAAAGAUAUUCAAUCGAUGGAAUUUGUUCGACAAGCUUGGUUAAAAGAUAUUAAUGAAAUGAAGGAACACGAUGAGCAAGAUAUGGAAGUGGAUACAAUCAGUGAAUUAGAUGUAACAAUGAGUGAUGUUCGAUCAGAAUUCAGCGAAUAUUCUACAAUUUCCAGAAGCUUGUUUGGUCCCGAGGAAGGACCACCACGGAAAAAAAUCAAAUCACCACCAGUUAUAUCACCAACCGCUUCAACAACCAGUUUAUACAGUGGUGGUAGCAGUUCAAUUGACUGGACAACAACAGGUACCACUCUUGACAUGCAAGGUACACGUGUUACCAGGACGCAAUAUGGUUUCAGAACAUUACAAGAAUCAUCGGCAAAAAUGUGCCUUAAAGUUACCGGUUAUCCAUUACCUGAAAUUACUUGGUAUAAAGAUGAUCAAAUGUUAAAUGAAGAUGAAAGGCAUACAUUCUAUGCGGAUGAAGAUGGAUUCUUUGCUUUAACCAUAGAUCCGGUACAGGUUGAAGAUACCGGACGGUAUACAUGUAUGGCUACUAAUGAAUACGGACAAGCAUCCACAUCUGCAUUCUUCAAAGUACUAAAAGUUGAAAAGGAAGCAGCGCCACCAGCAUUUGUCACAACAUUAUGUGAUCAGGAAGUGAAAGAAGGUGAAAUGGUGUCAUUUGAAUGUGAGGUAGAGGGAUGGCCGGAACCAGAAUUAAUUUGGUUAGUUGAUGAGCAACCACUUCGACCGUCACAUGAUUUUAAAUUAGAAUAUGAUGGACAAAAUGCUAAACUAGAAAUUCGUGAUGCUCAACCUGAAGAUACCGGUAUUUAUACAGUACGGAUUAAGAAUGAAUUUGGUUCAGCUGAAUCAAAUGCUAGACUGGUUGUGGAACCGGAUCCAGACAAGAAUCAUAUUGCACCGGAAUUUCAGGCAGUAAUUGAAGAUGUUGAAUGCAAUGAAGGAGAUACGGUUAAAUUUAAAGCAGUUGUUACUGGUGAUCCUAUUCCGGAUAUAAUUUGGAUGAUCAAUGGAGUACCAUUAUCCGAAUCAGAUAAAAUCAAAUUUAUCAGUGAAGAUGGAAUUUGUAUUCUAACAAUUACCGAUGUCUCAAGACAUUUUGAUGGUACUGUGACAUGUCAAAGUGUUAAUCGACUUGGUACACAAAAUUGUGAUGCACAGUUAAAAGUACGGGUACCGCCAAGUCCACCACAUUUUGAACGACCACUUGAAGAUAAAAUUACACAAGAGGAGCAAACAGUUGUCUUAGAAACGGAAGUGAACGGCUUUCCGGAUCCAAAAGUAUCAUUUACGAUCAAAGGAAAACCGAUUGUAUCCGGUGAAAAUGGUAUUGAAAUUGUUAGCAGAGGUGAUGGAUGCUAUCGAAUUGAAAUUUCAAAAGCUAAUAUUGAUUUGCAUGACGGUGAAAUUGUUUGUACCGCAAUUAAUGAACACGGACAAGCGGAAAGUAGAGCACGUAUUGUUGUGGAAUGUAUCGAUCGAGAAUCAUUUUCUGCACCAACAUUUGUUAAAGAUAUUGAAGAUCAGACAGUUAAAUAUGGUGAAAUGGCAAUUUUUGAAACAUCAAUACGUGGUAAUCCAAAUCCUGAAAUUACCUGGUUUAUUAACGGUCAAAAAGUUGAUAAGAUAACACCUGGAAUACAUCUGGAAACACAAUCAGUUACAGAUCAUAAACUAAUCAUUGAUUCAGCUCAAUAUGCAGGCACAAUUUUAUGCAGAGCUGAAAAUUCAGUUGGACGUUAUGAAACAAAAGCAAAAUUAACAGUAAUUUCUGCUGAAAAGAAGAAACGUGCACCAGAAUUUAUUGAAAAAUUAAUCGAUACAAAUGUUAUUGAAGAAUCAAAUGCGGUUUUUGAGGUACGAGUUGAAGCUGAACCAAUGGCUAAAUUGAAAUGGUUCUUAGGUGAAAAAGAAUUAACCGAAUCAGAACGUGUCAAAAUUCGUGAAUUUGAUGGUAGUUGGAAAUUGGAAAUUAAUAAAUUAACAACUGAAGAAAGUGGUAUCAUUAGUUGUGUAGCAGAGAAUUCGGAAGGUAGUUCAGAAACAUCAGCGCAUUUGACAGUUAGCAAGAAAACAUUUGCGCCACAAUUUGAAGAUCGUCCCAAGAAUGUUACCGUUGAACAGGGCCAAGAGGCUCGAUUUCAAGCUCAUGCAAUUGCACUACCUGAACCUGUAUAUCAAUGGUUCAUUGGUGGUCGAAAAAUUAGGGAAACUAUGGAAGGUGCCAAAGUUGAAACUGUCAACGGUGUUUCAACACUUGUAAUUGAUACUAAAAUUUUCGAUUCUUCUACUAUUUCUGUGACAGCUACAAAUUCCAUUGGUGUUGAUGAAACGGGCGCUUUGUUGACAGUGCAAGAAAAAGCAAUGGAAGAGCAACAAAUGAAUAUACCAGUGAUUACGAAGGCACUUUAUGAUCAAACUGUUAAAUCUGGUGAAAUGGCUAAUUUUGAGGUAUCUGUUGAAUCAAAUGAAAUUAUUACAGAAUGGUAUAGCAAUGGGAAACAAUUAAUCGAUGGAAUGCCAGGAGUAAAAAUUUCACAUCAAAAUUCCAAUUUUAUAUUAACCAUUGAUUCGGCUCAAUAUGCUGGUAUUAUUACUUUUAAAGCUUCAAAUAAAGCUGGUAAAGCGGAAAGUAGUGCAAAUUUAAUUGCAAUUCAAGAAAAGAUUAUCCAGAAAGCACCGGAAUUCCUGAAUGCACUCAGUGAUAUUUCGGUGAAAGAAGGUGAUAAAGUUGAAGUUACUAUUGAAUCAACUGGUAAUGCUACUUUUGAAUGGACAUUGAACGAGAAAAUAUUACAGAAUGGUAUUGGAGGUAUUACAAUUAGAAAUGAAGAAAGUAAAAGUAUUCUGAUAUUCGAUCAAGUUACACUACAACAAGCUGGUAACAUUAAGGUAAUAGCAAGUAAUGAAGGUGGACAAGCAUUCUCAUCAUUUAAUAUGACUGUCACUGAAAAGGACAUUGCACCUGAAAUUAUUGCAGGACCGAAUUCAUUAUCAAUUAAAGAGAAUGAUACAGCUGAAUUUCGGGUUGAAAUAACUGGAAAACCUACACCAAUAGUGAAAUGGCAAUUAAACGGACGUGAACUAUCAUCAUCAUCAGAUACAAAUAUUACAAUUAAAUCAUUUGAAGAAAUUUAUAUUUUAAAAAUUGAAAAAGCAAACGUGAAACACGCUGGUGAAGUAGUUGUUACCGCAGAAAAUGCAGCUGGUAUGGUUGGCAAGGAAGUGGUUUUAAAAGUUGAACCAGAUGUAACAAAGCCAAUAUUUAAAACUCAUUUAAUUGAUCGUAGUGUUAAUGAAGGUGAACCAUUACGAUGGGAUAUUGCAAUUGAACGUCCAUAUAAAGGUGUCACAGUUAAAUGGUUUUUAAACGGCAAAGAAUUAACAAAUAAUGAAAAUGUACAAAUUAUAGAUGAUGGUGAAGGUAAAUAUCAUAUAACUAUAAAUGAAGCUAAAUCAGAUAUGUGUGGAACAUUAAUUGUUAAAGCAACAAACACCUAUGGUACAAGUGAAUCACAUGCAUUUGUUGAUGUUAAAGAAGUUAAUCGGAAACCGGAAAUUAUACGACAACCGCAAGAUCAUACGGUUGAGGAAAAUGAAACUGUAAAAUUUAGUGCUAUCAUUUUUGGAAAGCCAACGCCAACUAUUAAUUGGUAUAUGGAUGAAAUGAAAUUAGUGAAUAGCAGUGAAAUUGGUGUUAAAUUUGAUGAAAUCACUGGAAAAACAUCAAUUAAAAUUUUCAAAGCAAAUUUAACUGAUAGUGGAAAGAAGAUUACAAUGAAAGCGAAAAAUACAGAAGGUGAAGUAGAAGCAAGUGCAAUUUUAACUGUUAACAAAAAAUCGGAACCACCAAAUAUUUUAACUGAAAUGAAAAGUCGUCAAGUAAAUGAAGGUGAAACAGUAAAUUUUUCAAUUAAAGUAACCGGUUAUCCAAUUCCGGAAGUAGCAUGGUUUCAUAAUGGUGAACCAAUUGUACCUAGCAGUAAUAUCAAAAUUACUGAAGAGGAUGGUAUGCAUACAUUGGUAUUAAAUGAUGUUCUACCGGAACAAAGUGGUGAAAUUUCAUGUGAAGCAAGAAAUAGUGUCGGAUCUAAAAAGCAAUUAGCAACAUUAGCAAUUAAACCAACCGGAAAAGCACCAUUUUUUGAGAGAAAUAUCGAAGAUAAAUUGGUGGUAGAAGGAGAAGAAUUAAUUAUGGAUGCAAAACUUGCUGAGGUGAAACCAUUUCCCACAAUAACAUGGUUAAAAGAUGGUAAACCAUUGCAAAAUGAUCGUUUUAAAUUAAGUCGAGAAGAUGAUGGAACACUGAAAUUGAAAAUUGAUUCCGUUGAACUGGAUGAUAAAUCACGAAUUACAAUCCGAGCUGAAAAUCAAUUUGGAUCAGCUGAUUGUUCGGCAUCAAUUGGUGUAACUAAGAAGCGACCGAUAGCAAAACCGGCUUUCUUAUCCGAUAUACCGGCAACUACGAUCACUGAAGGAGAAUCUUUGAAUGUUAAAGUAAUUAUCACCGGUGAUCCUACACCAUUUACUAAAUGGUAUAUCAAUGAUCAGCUUGUAAUAGCAACUGAGGAUACAGAAAUGAAAGAAGAAAAUGGUGUAUAUUCGUUGACAAUUCAUGGUUGCACCAAAGAUAUGACUGGUACCAUUAAAUGUAUUGCAUAUAAUAAAGCUGGUGAGGUAACAGCACAAGGUAGUCUUACUGUUUUGACACCAAUACCGGUGGAAUUUGAAACCUCACUUUGUGAUGCUGUAUGUCGUGAAGGUGAUACAUUAAAAUUGAAAGCUGUAUUAAUGGGUGAACCAACACCAGAAGUUUCAUGGUAUGUGAAUGGAAAAAAAUUGGAAGAAUCACAAAAUAUUAAAAUACAUGCAGAAAAAGGAACUUAUACAGUUACGAUUAGAAAUAUCACAUGUGAUUAUUCUGGAAAGGUUGUAUGUGAAGCAGUAAAUGAGUAUGGUAAAGCAGUGUCAGAAGCAUCACUUCUGGUAUUACCACGUGGUGAACCACCAGAUUUUAUUGAAUGGCUUAGCAAUGUGAAAGCACGACAAGGGUCACAGGUCACUCAUAAGGUAGUUUUUACCGGUGAUCCAAAACCAAAUCUUACUUGGUAUAUCAACAAUGAAGAAAUGAAAAAUAGUGAUGAAAUUAUUAUUGUUACGGAUGAGAAUACAUCAACGCUAGUGAUCAAAAAUUUUAAUCAGGAAAAGCAUACCGGUGAAAUUAUUUGUAAAGCUGAAAAUGAUGCUGGUGAAGUAUCCUGUACAGCUAGCAUGGGUCCUUACACCUCAGAUAUAUUCUCGGAAUCACAAACGGAAUCUGAAGCAAUGGCCGAAGAGGUGCUUAACUUUGAAGAGGGUCCUGAAUUUGGUACGGAAAUUGAUUCCAUUGAAGAAUUUCAACGUACGCCUACACCAAUUAUGGCUCCAAAAUUCAUUACUAAAAUUAAGGAUACUCGAGCAGCACGUGGACAUCAAGCAAUCUUUGAAUGUGUUGUUCCGGAUACCAAAGGUGUUUGUUGUAAGUGGUUGAAAGAUGGCCGUGAGAUAGAACUAAUUGCAAGAAUUCGUGUACAAACUCGAACUAUCGAAGGUUAUGUAACUAGUGAACUGAUCAUUGAUAAUGUUAUACCGGAAGAUGCCGGAAAAUACACCGUUGUGGUGGAAAAUGUUGCCGGCACAGAUUCUUGUGAAGCAAAUCUGAAUGUAAUCGAAGUACUUAUGAAACCGGAAACAUGCGCACCGGAAUUUGUUGUUGCUAUACAAGAUAAAACAUGCAAUGAAGCGGAAAAAGUUAUUUUCGAAUGUAAAGUAAUCGGUGAACCACAACCAACCGUUUCAUGGUUUCAUGAAAAGACUGCUAUAGUUGAGGAAGCAAGUAAAACAAUUAUUGAAUCGGAAGGUGCUAUUCAACGAUUAGUAAUUGUCUCAGCUGAUGUUAUUGACCGAGGACAAUAUAUAUGCUUGGCUGAAAAUGUUGAAGGCAAAGCAGAAUCUAAGGCAAUUCUUACUGUCUUGGCUGAAGCGCCACAAUUUACUCGUCACAUCAGUUCUAAAGAAGUAAGCAUAGGUGAGAAAGUAAUUUUGGAUUGUUCUGUUAAAGGUUCACCCCAACCAAUAGUACAAUUUUAUCGGGAAUCUACCCGAAUUAUUUCCGAUUCUCAUCAUUUUAUCGAACAUGAUAGCUCGAAUGUACACUGGAGAAUGGUAAUUGAGAAAACGGAAGAAUCAGAUUUCCGGAAGUAUCACGCUGUUGCAAUUAACUCGGUUGGUAUGGCAGAAUCAGAAGCAGAAAUUAGGCAGAAAGAAAUGAAUCGAAAACUAGAAUUAACCGGAGUGCUUAAGGAUCGAAAAGUUACGGAAGGUGAUGAAGUUAUUAUGGAGGUAAAAUUCUCCGGUAUUAUACCAUCAGACGUUAAAUGGUUCAAAGAUAGCAAGGAAGUUGUGGAAGAAAGAGAAAAAGUUAUAAUAAAAACUGAAGAAGGACGAUCUACACUGAUCAUUAAAAAUGCAAAACCGGAAGCAAGCGGAAAUUAUCGGGUUGAAUUGAUUGAUUCGGAAUGUAAGGAGACGUCAAGUGCUACUGUUACAGUGGAAUCUGCUGCUAUACCACCGCAAUUCACAGAAAUGCUAACCGAUGUUGAAGUUCAUGAACUGGAAACAACGGAAAUGAAGGUAACUGCAACCGGAGUACCUACACCUGAGAUACAAUGGUUCAAAAAUGAUGUGCCGGUACAAAUCGACAGUGAACGAAUAUUCGUCCGAGAAACCGGAACCGGUCAGCAUAUUUUAACCAUUAAGCAGAUGCAAAUGGAAGAUGCUGGUGUUUAUUCAUGUAAAGCAUCUAAUAAGGCAGGUUCUGAAGAAUGCAAAGCAAAUUUUGCGGUACUUGAAGUUUUGCAAGAGCCAAGGUUUACCAAAGAAUUAUCCGAAAUUAAGGUGAAGGAAGUUGAAACUGCUGAACUUGCGGUAACAAUAACAGGAAAACCGAUACCGGAAGUUUGCUGGAUCAAAGAUGGAAUACCUGUAAAUAUUGAUAAUGUUCAUUUUGCAACCAAACAAGAUGAAAAUGGACAACAUACCUUGGUAAUUAAACAAGCUAGAUUAGAUGAUGCUGGUAUUUAUUCAUGCAAAGCUAGCAAUAAAGUUGGUGAAACGGAAACCAAAAUUUCAUUUGCAGUAGAGCAAGAAAUUGAGGUACUACAAUUUCUAGAAGAGCUGAAAGAAUUUGCGGUGCAAAAAGGUGAAACAGCUGAAUUAUCGGUAACAGUAAUUGGAAAACCAACACCAGAAAUAGCAUGGUAUAAAGAUGGAAUACCAGUAAACAUUGACAACAAACAUAUUCUAAUGAAAACAAAUGAACAAGGCCAAUCAACAUUAAUUAUUAAGCAAGCUGGUUUAAAAGAUAGCGGUGUUUACUCAUGCAAAGCUACCAAUAUAAUUGGAAUAGCUAAAAGUGAAGCUAAAUUUGCGGUUGAAGAAUUUCUCGAAGAACCAAAAUUCAUUGAAUGUUUACAAGAGGUUUCAGUGCAAGAAAAUGAAACAGCACAACUUUCAGUUACGGUAGUUGGAAAACCACCACCUGAGGUAGUAUGGUUGAAAGAUGGUGUACCAAUUAAUAUUGAUAAUGAGCAUAUCAUUUCGAAGAAAGAUGAACAAGGACAUCAUACAUUGAUAAUUAAAGAAGCUCAACUGAAAGAUAUUGGUACUUACUCAUGUAAAGCGAUCAAUUCAGCUGGUACCAAAGAAUUAGAAACAAAAUUAGCUGUUAUAUCAGAAUUGAUACCACCAUUAUUUACAGAUGAAAUUGGUGAAUUAGAAAUACAGGAAGGUGAAAAAGCCGAAUUGAAAUGUACCGUUAUUGGUAAACCAAUACCAGAGGUAACUUGGUUAAGAAAUGGUAUUGUGAUACAGAUUGAUAAUACACAUUUCUUUAAAAAAGAUGAUGAAACUGGAAGACAAACAUUAAUAAUUACUAAUGUAAAUAGCGAAGAUUUUGGUACCUAUACAUGUAUUGCUACAAAUUCAGUUGGUAGUGCUGAAAUUGCUGGAAAAAUUAAAUUUCCAAAAUAUGGUUUUGAAAAGAUGCAAGAGGAAGAAGUUAAACCAAUGUUUAUUGAACCAUUAGAAACACAUACCGUUAAAGAAGGUGAAACAAUCAGUAUAAAAUGUCGAGUAAAUGAAAAUGCUGGUGCUGAUAUUCAUUGGUACCUAGGUGAUAAGCCAAUUGAACCAAAUGAACAUUUAAUGGUGGAAAAACUUGAAAAUGGUAUUAUGAAGCUAAUAAUUCAAAAUGCUACCAAAGAAGAUGUUGGUGUAUACCGUUGUGAAGCAAUUAAUAAAUCCGGAAAAGCAGCAACAACAGCAAAGCUUAAUUUUGCAAUUGAGGAAAAUUUGGCAGAAGCAGAAGAUGAGCUACCUGCUUCAAUUGGAUUUAUUCAACCAUUGAGCGAUAUUGUCACAGCAGAUAAUUCAACAGCAGAAUUGUCAUGUGCUUUAAGUGCUACCAGAGGUGAUGUUCAGGUACAUUGGUCUAAAGAUGGUUUAGAAGUAUCACCACAACAUGUCACCAUUGAGCAACUUCAUGAUGGUACUCAGAAAUUAAAAAUUGCUAAAGUAACCGCAGAAGAUGCUGGAACAUAUCGAUGUACCGCUUCCAUUGGUGAUUCAUCUGCAUGGACCGAAGGAAAAAUCACCAUUCUAGAACAAGCAAAAGCAAUAGUGCAAGAUGAAGGACCACCAGAAUUUACGGAACUUUUGAAAUCUUGCACAGUAGCUGAAAAUGCUGAAAUUAUCCUUCAAUGCAAACUGAAAGGCUUGCCAAAACCAACGAUAUCCUGGAUGAAAGAUGGUACCAAGUUGGAUCAAAAUCAUCGUGUAAUUACAGAGUACCAUGAAGAUGGUACCAUUAUAUUGAAAAUUAAAAAUGCCAGGAAAGAGGAUAGUGGUGAAUAUCGAUGUGAUGCAGUUAAUACAUUUGGUGCUGCUUGGACUGCUGGACCUGUUCGGGUUGCAACCGAAUCAGAAUUACAACGAGAAGGCGAAGCACCUGAUUUUAUUGAACCGAUCAAACCUGUUACUGUUUCAGUUGGUGAAACAGCAAUAUUAGAGGGUAAAGUGAAAGGGGAACCAAAACCAGAGAUUAAAUGGUUUAAUGGUGAGAAUAUUGUGAAGGAAACCUCAAACAUUCAGCUAGAAAAUCUUCCGGAUGGUACUCAAAGACUUACAAUUAAAAAUGCAACCGUUGAUGAUACCGGAGAGUAUCGUUGUGUUGCAAGUAAUCAAUACGGUGAUGUAUGGUGUGAUGUUACACUUACCGUUCAAGUUCCUAUAUCAGAGGAAGAAGGUGCAAAUGAAUAUGCAGCACCAACAUUUUUGAGAACCUUAGAAGGAAUUCAUGCUAAAGAAUUAGAACAUGUUGUAUUAGAAUGUAAAAUUGUUGGUGAACCAAUGCCUGAAAUUAAAUGGUUUAAGGAUAAAGAAGAAAUUAGCGCAAAUGAUACACAUUUCAAAAAGGAAACACUUCCGGAUGGUACAGCUCGGUUAAUUAUUGAUUCGGUUAAUAAGGAUGAUACUGGUGAAUUCAGAUGUGAAGCACAGAAUAACUUUGGUACAGCACGUACAGAUGCUAUGCUAAAUGUUUGGUAUGAUUUUGAGGUACCAGUGCAAAGUGAAAUUUCACCAGAAUUUGCACAGGAAUUGAAAGCAGUACAGGCUACUGAAGGACAACAAAUUUCAUUUGAAUGUCGAGUAGUUGGUGUUCCUGUACCAGAGGUAAAAUGGUUUAGAGAUGGUGAAGAAGUAAAAUCUGAUGAACAUGUCCGUAUCGAAAGUCUACCGGAUGGUACCAAUCGUUUAGUGAUUGAUUCAGUUAGUGUUGAAGAUCAAGGUAAUUAUCGAUGUGAAGCAACAAAUAGCGCCGGAUCGAUGAGUUCAAAAGCUCCAUUAACCGUUCAUGAAGUGGAAACAUUAAAGUUGAAAAAAGGCUUAGCAGAUACGAAAGUGGAAAUUGGAACUAAGAUUCGAUUGUUCAUUGAAAUUGAAGGAAAACCAAAAACAGUACGAUGGUUUCAUGGAAAGGAUGAAAUUAAAGCAAACAAACGAACAAAACUGGAAACAAUUACGCAAAAUGAGUAUAGCUUAGAAACUGAUAAAGCGGAAAGUUCAGAUGAAGGUACUUAUCGUGUAGUUUUAUCAACUGAUACGGAAAUGGUUGAAUCGUCAUGUGCAGUAACCGUAUUCAAACAUGAAACAGUACCAGUAUUUCGGAAAGGUCUUCAGGAUCAGAAUGUACCGAAAGGAACCAAGCUUGUCCUUGAGAUCGAAUUAGAUGGUACACCGAAACAGAUUAAAUGGUUAAAAUCCGGUAUACCGAUUAAUGAUAAAAUAAUGAAAGCGAAAGAUCUUGGUAAUGGAAAGUAUCAGUUAGUAAUAGAUGAAAUUAAGGAAAAUGAUACCGGUGAAUAUACCGUACAGGUAUCUAACGAUGCCGGAAUAAUCGAAUCAAAAGCAAAUAUUACUCUAAAAAAAGAGAAACCGGAAAUUAUCAGUAAAUUAAAGCCAGUAACAGUUGAAGUUGGUGAAAAAGUAACAUUUGAAGUGGAAACUAAAGGAACAAUUAAACAAGUUAAAUGGUAUAAGAAUGGCGUAGAAGCAAAAAAUGUUGAAACGAAGAAAAUCGGUGAUAACAAAUAUCAGUUAAUUAUUGAUAAGGCAACAAAAGACGACGAAGCUGAAUAUAAGGUUGUGUUGUCAAAUGAAGAAGGUGAUGCCGAGUCAUCAGCUAAACUUACCGUAAAACUACCAAAAAUUGAAUUUACUAAAAGUUUAGAGGACCAAACGGUUGAUGCUGGUACCAAGGCUGUUCUAAGCAUCGAAGUUAAUUUACCUCCAAAACAAGUUAAAUGGUACAAGAACGGCAAAGAAAUCACUGGAAGUGAUAAGGCUAAACCGAAUAAGUCCAAUGAUAAUACUUAUCAAUUGUUGAUACCAGAUGCAGGCAAAGAUGAUACUGCUGAAUAUAAAGUUGUACUUAUCACUGAUGAUGAAACUGUCGAUUCUUCUUGUGCGUUAACAGUAAAGUUACCAAAGUUAAUUAUUAUAAGAGGCUUAGAAAAUCAAUCUGUUAAUGCUGGUGAAAAAGUAUUACUUGGUGUCGAGGUUAAUACGCCACCGAAAUCGGUUAAAUGGUAUAAAAAUGGUAGAGAAAUUGGCUCAGAUGAUAAGGCAAAACCGAUAAAAGUUAAUGAUAAGAAUUAUCAACUUGAAAUAUCUAAUGCUACAGAAGAUGAUGCUUUUGAUUAUAAGAUUAUACUUUCAAAUGAGGAAGAUAGUGUGGAAUCGAGUUGCACGUUAACAGUUAAAAAACCAAUUGAAAAACCAUCAAUCAAAAAAGGAAUUGAGGAUCAGUUUAUUGCAAUUGGAAAAUCUCUGGAAAUUGCAAUUGAGACAAAAGGUGAGCCAAAAGUUGUAAAAUGGUAUAAAAAUGGGCAGUUAUUAUCAGGCGAAACAAGUAAAACAGUUAAAACAGAUAAGAUUGAUGAUAACAAUUAUGUGUUAAAAGUCGAGAAAUGUACUUUGGAUGAUAGUGGUACUUAUUCGGUUGAAGUACAAAAUGAAGCAGGUCAAGCUAAAAGUUCAGGCGAGAUAAUCGUCGAAGAUAAGCUAAGCUUUUUGACACCAUUGGAAGAUAUUGAAGUGAUUGAAGCUGAACAAGCGGUAUUUAUGGUUGAAACAAAUGUUCAUCCACGAAUUGUUAAAUGGUAUAAAAAUGGCCAAGAAAUUAAGGCUGUAAGUGGUCGAAUCGAAAUGAAAGAUAAUACGACGAGAUUUCAACUUAUCAUUAAAAAAGCUGAAAGUGAUGAUAAAGCUGAUUAUAAGGUUGUCUUAUCGAAUAGCGCCGGAGAUUUGGAAUCAUCAGCAAAAUUAACAGUGAAAAAAUCAAAGGGUCAACCAAAAAUUAUUAAAGGUUUAGAAGAUCAGGUUAUUGCAAAAGGUGAUCAAUUGAUACUGGAAAUUAAGGUGGAUGAAGAACCAACUGAAGUUCGAUGGCUCAAAAAUGGCAUUGCACUUCCGAAAAAUGUUGAUGCUAAAAUUGAAAAAGUUGAUGAGCAAUUGUAUCGUUUAACAAUUCCACAAGUUGAUACUACCGAUGCAGGUGCAUAUAGUGUUGAAGUAAUUAAUGAAGUUGGCAAAGUGCAAAGUACUGGCAAUGUGGAUGUUGAUUUAAAGCCUGAAAUUGUUAAAGGCCUAGAAGAUUGUGAAGUUAAUGAAGGUGAUGAGCAAUUGUUCAAGGUUGAAACAAAUGUACCUGUUCGAGAAGUUAAAUGGUAUAAGAAUGGUCAAGAAAUAAAGCCUUCACCAAAGACAAUUACGAAACAAAUUACUUCGAAAAAGUUUGAACUUAUUGUUCCUGAAGCAUCAAUAGACGAUACUGCCACCUAUAAGGUAAUGCUAAGUAAUAAAGCUGGCACUUGUGAUUCAUCAGCUAAUUUAACUGUUGUAAAGCCUAAUGUGCUAAAAGUUCUUGAAAAUUUGAAAGAUGUUGAAGUAAAUGAAGGUGAACCGAUCAAACUUUCCAUAAAAGUUGAAGGACAACCAAAAACUGUCAAAUGGUUCAAAAAUGGCCAAGAAAUUAAGCCAGAUGAUCGUGUGCAAAUUACAGAAAAUCCUGAAACUGGUGUGUAUACGUUAACAAUACCGGAAAGUUUAGCAUCAGAUGAUGCCGCAUAUCGUGUGGUACUGUCGAAUAGACUUGGAGAAGUGCAAAGUGGCUCUAUCAGUCGUGUCAAAUCAAAGAAAAUAGAACCAAUCAUAAGUGCAGCAACUUUUAUUACACCAUUGGAAGAUGUUGUUUUACCAGAAGGUGCCAAUUUAACUCUAAAAUGUAAAGUAUCCGGUGAGCCAACACCAACACUUAAAUGGUAUAAAAAUGGUAACGAAAUUAUUAAAAAUGAUCGUAUUGUAAUGCGUAUGGCAUUAGAUGGUACAGCAACGUUACGUAUUCUGGAUAGUAAGAAGGACGAUACCGGUAGAUAUACGGUUACAGCAAUUAAUUCAGCUGGUGAAUCGAAAUCUGAAUGUAGUGUUCAAAUCUUAGACAGUGACGAAUUACCAUCAGAACCGAAAUUUGUUAUUCCGCUUAAAGAUGUGGUAGCAGAAAUUGGUACCAAAGCUGAAUUCAAUGUUAAAGUUCGUGGUAUACCAAAACCUACACUUAAAUGGUUAAUUGCUAAUCAAGAUGUGUCACAUUUGGAUGGUAUUAAAAUUGAAGAUUUAAAUGAUGGUAAUUGGACUAUGAUUAUUGAAAAUGUUACUGAAGCAUUUAUUGGUCGUAUUAAAUGUAUUGCAAUGAAUGAACAUGGCAAAACAGAAUGCGAAUCACAACUAAUUCAAACUGAGUCAAAAAUUGGAAAAGUAAAAAGUGACGAAGGUUAUCCACCAAAAUUCAAUGUACCAUUAUGGGAUCGACGAAUACUGGAGGGACAAGUUACAACAAUUGAAUGUCAUGUUGAUGCUAAACCAAUUGCUAAUAUUAUUUGGACAAAGGAUGGUAUUACUUUAACAGAAUCAGAUCGUAUUGAAAUUCGUAAUACACCAGAUGGUGCAUGUCGUAUACGAAUUAAUAAUUUUUGUGAUGAUGAUGUUGGUACCUAUAAAUGUACUGCUACAAAUACAUUUGGUGUUGCUGAUACACGAUCAAAUCUUAAUAUUCAAAUAAAAGAAAAAGAAGAAAUAGUAGCAAAAAAAGAAUUUCCUCCACGUUUCAAUCCACCACUUAUGGAUAAAUUUGCGGAUAUCGAUGAGACAGUCCGUCUAUCCUGUAAAGUUGAUGCAUCACCAAAAGCAGCUAUAACCUGGUAUAAGGAUGGAGUACCAUUACGGAGUAAUAAUCGUAUUAUCAUCGAGAAUGAUAACGAUGGUAAUUGUUUGUUGACAAUCAAUCAUAGCACCGAAUCGGAUGAUGGCGCUUAUCGUUGUGUUGCUAUCAAUGAUAUUGGUAGCUGUAAUUCAGCUUGUAUGGUAUCUAUUCGUAAGAUAAAAGAAGAAAUUAAAAAAGAAGGUGAAGAACCAUUUUUCACCAAAGGUUUGGUGGAUAAAUGGUUGGAACGUGGUGAUAAGUUAAUCUUACAAUGUACCGUAAUUGGUGAACCAAAACCAGAAAUUCGAUGGUAUCGUAAUGGAAUUUUAUUACGAUCAAAUAACAAAAUUAACAUUGAAAAUACAUCGGAUGGUUUAUGCACAUUAACAAUUGAUGAAUGCGCAAUGUGUGAUGAAGGAAUUUAUCGUUGUGAUGCUGAAAAUUGUAAUGGAAAAGCACGAACACAAUCAACUAUACAUAUUGAAAGACCAAUUGAAAAACUGGAAAAGAAGGUUGUCGAAGGUGAAGCACCACGGUUUAUCAUACCACUUCAGGAUAUAACAGUUUAUACCGGUUCCACAAUUGAUUUAGAAUGUAAAGUAGUUGGUGAUCCAAUGCCAGCAAUUAAAUGGUCGAAAGAUGGUAUGAUACUUCGUGAUGAUUCACGUUAUCAAUGGGAAAUAGAUAGUACAGCUGGUACUUAUCGGUUGAAGAUUAAUGAUGCAAAUGUGAAUGAUGAAGGUGCAUAUCGAUGUGUUGCAACGAAUAUUGCUGGUUCAGCUACUACAAAAUCAUUUGUCAGAAUAGAUGAUGGUAGCUUAAUUCAAAAGCCAUCUUCCAAUGAACCACCUCGUUUUAGCAUUGCUUUGGGUGAUGCACGUGCUGUUGAAGGUCAACCGUUGAAAUUGGAAUGUAAGAUUGAAGGAGCACCUUUGACUGAUCUUAUUUGGUACAAAGAUGGUGAACGAAUCAUUCCUGAUGAUAGAAUUAAGAUUGAAUCUGAUUCAGAUGGCCGAACACGUCUUAUUAUUAAAUCAUGCAUUGCAAAUGAUGAAGGUUUAUAUCGAGUAAUUGCAACAAAUCCAUUUGGUUCAGCACAUAGUAAAGCUACUGCAACAGUUAAAAAAGUGCUCGAAGAUGCAACCAAUGGUUUUAUUGAUGGCGAGCAAUUCGAUGCAUAUCGUGCUCCACGUGUUAUUAUACCACUUGAAAGUAUCAAAAUUAUGGAAGGUAAUGAUUUUACGCUACGAUGUAAAUUUAGCGGUGAUCCAAGGCCAAAAAUUAAAUGGUUCAAAAAUGGUGAACGUGUUUACUCUUAUGGUCAUUGUACUUUGAUUGAAAGCGAAGAUGGUAAUUGUGAACUAAUUGUUAAAAAUGCUAAUCGAUUUGAUGGUGGUUGUUAUCGAUGUGUUGCAGAAAAUAUAUAUGGAUCAGAUAGAACAAUAUGUGAAGUUGCUGUGCAAUUAAAAGAAAAGAAACCACAACGUAAUUUCGAGGAUGAAAUUCGUGAAGGUAAUGCACCAGGUUUCUCGGUGCCACUUGCUAUGAAACGUGCUAAAGCAGGUGACACCGUUAUUCUGGAAUGUGUCCCAUAUGGAAAACCUUUUCCAGAAAUUAAAUGGCUUAAAGAUGGUAUUGAAAUUGAAAGCAAUGAUAAAAUUAGGAUUGAAAGUUUGGAUGAUAAAACACAACGUAUAAUUCUAAAAGAUGUUGAUUUCUUUGCGGAAGGAUUCUAUCGAUGUGUAGCAACCAAUGAGUACGGUACCGCUUCUACAAAAGGAGAAAUUGCGCUUGAAGGUGAUCGAACAUUACUAGCAAAGAAAAUGGAACCAUUACUUAGUGAGGAACCGACAGAAAGUAAACCACGUAUUCGUCGUGGUUUAUAUAAUAUGAGUGUACAUCAGGGUAAUACUAUUGAAAUGCAAGUGUGUACAUCAGGUUGGCCAACUCCAACUGUGAAAUGGUUUAAAAAUGGUCAAGAAUUAAAAUCUAGUGGACCAGAUGGUCCAGUGGUGGUAUGGACCGAUGAACGCGGUAUUCAUCAUUGUGUAAUCUUGAAUGCCUCACCGGAGGAUGAAGCUGAAUAUGCUUUGGAAGCUACCAACAAACUUGGCACAGCACGAACCGAAGGCGCUAUCACAAUUAUCAGGCCAAGAGAAGUACCAGGCUAUGAGGAUGAUCGAGAUAGAGGUGGUAUGCCAUAUCCUCCAGGAUUUAUUCGUCAACUCAAGAAUAAACAUGUCUUCUCACAUAUGCCAACAAUAUUUGAUUGUCUUGUAGUUGGUUAUCCACCACCUGAGGUUGAAUGGUUCCAUAACGGUAAAAAGAUAAUACCUGGUGGUCGGAUACGUAUUCAGUCGUGUGGAGGUGGGUCACACGCCAUUAUCAUCAUGGAUACACUUCCGGAAGAUGCAGGAGAAUAUGUAGCAAUUGCUAAGAACUCGCAUGGACAAGCUUCAAGUAGUGCGGUAUUAGAUGUAACUGUACCUCUCUUGGAUUCAAUUAAAUUUGAUGGUUCAAUUGAUGUUACACCUUAUCUAACAGAAGAAUAUGGUUUUAAGAAAGUUCCACAUCAUAACAUUCCAACACCACCGGAUCGUGGUCCAUUCAUUAAAGAAGUUACCGGACAUUACUUAACACUUUCAUGGAUUCCAACCAAGAGAGCUCCACCACGAUAUCCUCAAGUAACGUAUGUAAUUGAAAUACGCGAAUUACCUGAAAAAGAUUGGAUUCUACUUGAUUAUAACAUUCCGGAACCGGUAUGUAAAGUUCGAAAUUUGGAACUUGGUAAAAGUUACCAAUUUCGAGUACGUGCGGAGAAUAUUUACGGUAUUAGUGAUCCAUCACCUGCUUCACCACCAUCUCGACUGAUGGCACCUCCGCAACCGGUACUUGAUAAAAAUAAACGAGUUAUUCCGCUACUCGAUCCGUAUGCUGAGAAAGCACUUGGUCAAGCACAUGCGGAACAAUAUGCAUGUGCACCAUGGUUUGCACCUGGUGUGGAAGAGAAACGAUUCUGUGGCGAAAAUGAUACGCUAUCAAUAACGCUAUGUGUAUCCGGUUUUCCUGAUCCAAAAAUUAUUUGGAAAUUUCGUAACAUGGAUAUUGAUACUGGACCUAUGUCUAGAAUUCGGGUACUAAACCAUGCUGGCACAGAAACAACACUUAUAAUAAAUGGAUUUAAUAAGGAAAAUGUUGGACAAUAUCAGUGUAUUGCAAUUAAUCAGUAUGGUGAAGCACAACAAAAUAUCCAAGUUCUUUUGGGUGCACGACCAAAGUUUAUUCAACCGUUGAUUAAUAAAGUAGUACCUAAUGGUAAACCACUCAGGUUAGAUGUACGCAUUGAAGGAAGUCCUUUUCCGGAAUUGAAAUGGAUGAAAGAUUGGAGACCAAUCGUAGGAUCAUCUCACGUUAGUUUUACACGUGAAGGUUCAUUAUGCUCAUUGAUCAUUAAUGAACCGUUGUGGUGCGAUUGCGGAAUUUAUUCCGUCGUAGCCAUAAACGAUGCUGGCACAGCGACAACAUCGUGUUCAGUAACUAUCGAAGCUGACGGUGACUUCAGCAUGAUGCAUGAUAUUCGAAAGGAAAAAUCUCGCAUAACGCUGGAAGCUCGUAAAGUUCGAGAAAUUUAUGAAAUUGAUGAAAAUGAUGAAAAAGCUGCAGCUGCUGGUGCAACAUUUCACGUCACGGAAAUUACCACACGUAAACGUUACUUGGCCCAAUUACGUGCUUUGGAUGAAAAUCUAGCACGUAAUAUUGAAAUGCAAAAUAAUUUGGAUCAUCCAAAUACCAUACAACUUCAUCAGGCUAUUAUGGAUCAAGGCAUUGCUGUUCUUAUUUAUGAAAACGCAAAUCGUUCAUUAUUGGAUUCAUUAAUUACGUCACCAGCGGAAAAGACGCAGUAUGUUGCUGGCGAACGACAAGUUCAAAUAUUUAUAAAACAACUUUUAUGUGCGUUAAAAUGUAUGCACGAUAGAAGGAUUGCACAUUUGGAUAUUCGACCGGAAGUGAUUCUUUUACAGGACAAUCAUCUUCGUUUGGCUGAUUUUGGUCAAAGCAGGCGAUUGGUACGUGGUAAAGUUAUAGCAAAUAUAAUGGGUAGUCCGGAAUUUAUUUCACCAGAAAUUGCAGCCGGUAUUCCGGUUACACUUGCUUCUGAUCUAUGGAGUGUUGGUACUCUUACAUAUGUUUUGCUUUCCGGUAUUUCACCGUUUCUCGGUGAUAAUGAUACUGAAACGGUGCGAAAUGUUAUGUUGGGUAAUUAUACACUUGACAGUGAAGAAUUCAAUCAAAUUUCUAAUAAUGCCAAAGAUUUUGUAUCAAAACUGCUUGUUCUUGAUCCACGCGGUCGUCUAAAUGUUGACGAAGCGCUACGACAUCCGUGGCUUUCGGAAGAAUGUUUAGAAAAUACACCAAUAACAUCAGAAUGUUUACGAGAAUUUAAGUACAAACAUAAAUGGCUGGAAAGACGGGUAUUCGUUCAGCAAACUCCAUCCGAUCAGCUAAUGAGUGUUGUACAGGUUCCAAAUGUAAAUUUGGUUGGUACAAAUUUACCGCAACGUAUGCAAGGUUUAGCUUCUAGUGAACCUUAUGAUAUUUAUGAUUAUUUACGAAUCAAAGAUCGUAUUUCACCACAUGAUAUUGUUAUCAGUGAAAAUGCGCCAAAGCGACAUUUGCAACUGCAAGAAAAGGAUGAUGCAUUAUCAUCAAGUCGAAAGAUAUUGAAGCAAAAACCUCUUCAAAUUUCAUCCCAAUUUUUUGAUGAUUCGAUGUUACCAUUACAGCUUGUUCAUGGUGAACAUCGUGAAAUUGAGGAAGAAAUUGCAAAUCGAAUUUUAUCAGAUAUUUCCGAGGAAACAUCAAUAACAAGUUCAAUAGCUUCACAUGAUGAACCGGAAUCAUUUCAUCGAAUAUCUGAAAGACAAAUGAGGCAAAAGAAAAGCCAUAGUAAAUCAUCAACUCCACAAGUGGAAGGUUUUUCAUUGGAUGGUACACCGACUGCUUCACCAGUUGGAACAGGAAGUGCCGGUACUUCAUUUCCGGAAUGUUAUUCCAAUACUGAUGUGUAUCGACAUCCGGUACAAUUAGAUCCGAGUAUUCCGGUUGGAGCACCGCUUUUCCUCGAAGGACUUGAGCAUCAUUCUUUAGUACUUGACGACAUAUCGCCGGAUACGCGAAGUCCACGUAGUUUGCCGUCAUUACCUGGCACAAAAAGUCCUGUACUGUUAUCACCAAAAAGAGAAUAUACUAUGGGAGUGAUAAUUGGUACCAAGCAAGGAACAAAAGGAGAAAUUACAAUAUCCACACCAGAACUUUUUGAAGUUAAAAAUUAUCCUGAAAAGCAGGUAGCUCAUGAAACAAAACAUGAAGAUGAAUUUGAGAAUUUCAUGAACGAAAUUGAGGAGAUGAAAAAAAGACGAAGAAAGGAGCAUGAAGAAAUGGAACGAUUGCGCCCAAAGAAUAUUUAUGCUGAAAAGAUUGAUUUCAAAAAGCCAGAUAUUGAUGAUGAUGAAUUCCCAUGGGAAAGUCAAUAUCAGAUUGGCCCUGAAACACUUUUACUCGCAACACGUGGUGCAAGUUUCAAUGCACGUGUACGUGACUAUCGACGAGAGCUCUGGGGUGAUGGUGCACCAUUGGUAACUCAAGGAUAUCUCGGUUAUCGAAAUCAAGAUAUUACUGUUAGAGAAAGGAGAAGGUUCACUGAUUUAAUACGUGAAGAUGAAAAUAUUGCAAAAUCAGUGGAGAAUUUAGAACGUGAUAUGCGUGGAUCACAUCUUGGUGCUAUAAAACGUAUACGUAGUGAUAUUAGCAAAGCAGUACCAGUAGUUUCUAAAGAGAAUGGAACUUUUGGUGCAAUUUUCCGGAAUCGAUUAAAGGAUGUACCAUUUGUUGAAAACGGUGCUACAGUGAUAUUUAAAUGUUCAGUGAUUGGUAAUCCACAACCAACAAUUGAAUGGUUUUUCAAUGAAAGUUCCAUUAUGGAUGAUAAUAAACACAAUAUAUUUUAUGAAAAUGGUCACUGUCAAUUAACAAUUCAAAUGACUGAUAUAACUGAUCUUGGUGAGUACUCGUGCAUUGCAACCAAUGAACAUGGCAUUGAUAGAACCUGCUCUCGACUUAUUACCGGAGAUACACCAGCAGCACCUGGUCGACCUGAAAUUGAACUAUCAUCAGAUACCGAAGUGUUUAUCACCUGGGAAGUACCACAAAUGAGCCAUAGCCUGGAAUGUUUCAUGUAUAAACUAGAAGUUAGACCAGCAGGUGAAAAUGAUCAUUUUUCGGAUUGGCAUCUUGUUUCUGAUAAAAUAGAAGAUGAAGCAGCAAUUGUACGACAUUUAACACCACAAGGCAUUUAUCAAUUUCGAGUGAUUGCUAAAAAUGAAUUCGGUUGGGGUGCACCAUCAUUAACAUCUCGAAUUAUCCAAACACAUCCUAAAGGUUCACCAAAAUUACAAAUUGAAAGGAUUCAAAGUCAGUGUCGUGUAUGUGUGAUUUCAAAACCACCACAAACACGAUUAAUUUCAAAAUCUAAGAAACUUGGUGAGAUUACUGAGGAAGAUGAAGAAAAGACUGAAGCGGAUGAAUUUGUUUCAAAAGCACAAACUCAAAUUUUAACUUUAAAUACUUCGGAAGAUCCACAGAAACGUUUUCGGCUCAUUGCUCCGAUACCUCGUGGUCGAUUUGGUGAAAUUGCAAUUGGCAUUGAUACAACUCGAGAAUUGGAUGCUAAUUGUAUGGCCAAAAUUCGAAAUAUUAAUGUUGAAGGUGCUAAUGGUACCAUGGAAUUUGAAGCUAUGAAAGAUUGUCAACAAGAAAAUAUUGCUCAUUUGAUUGCUGCUUAUCAGCGGAGUAAUUUAUUGUUUUUGUUUAUGGAACAAUAUCGAGAAGAUAUUUUUGAACGAUUUACAUAUCGUGAUAAUUAUAAUGAGGAGCAGAUCAGUAGAGUAAUACUACAAAUUGCUUCUGCUCUUCAUUGGAUUCAUUUCAAAGGUUAUAUACAUAUGGAUAUACAAGCAACCAAUAUUUUAUUUGCAUCUCGUCAAUCUUGGCAAAUUAAGCUUAUCGAUUUUGCCUCAGCACAAAAAAUUAGCAGCAAUGAAAUUAAACAACCAUUAAAACCAAAUGUCUACUGGUCUUCACCAGAAAUAUUGCGUACAGAUGAGAAAAAAACUUCCAUUACAGUUCAGACUGAUAUUUGGAAUCUUGGUGUGAUUACUUUUUGCUUAUUAAGUGGUUUCCAUCCAUUUGCAUCGGCAGAUGAUUCAAAUGAUGAAAUUAAGGAAAGUAUCAUUUAUCAGAAAUGUAAUCCAAAUUUAAUCCAAGUACAAGCAACAGAAGAAUCAUUAAAAUUCGUAACAUGGGCUUUGAAAAAGGAUCCAAUGAGACGUAUGAGAACUGAUGAAGCGCUAACACAUCGUUGGCUAAGUAUGGAUCGGGUAAUGAUACGUCGACGUGAAAUGGUUAACUACUCAAGUAGUCGACUUCGACGAACGGCAUUUUUGACGGCUGAUCAUAUAAAAAGACAAUCUACCGUCAAAUGA